AUGGACGAAAAUUCAAGACCAAUUAACAAAAGGUUAAUCGGAUCAAAAAAUAGACAUUCAGUUUAUAUUGACAACCCAAAUACACAUCAGGACUCUAACUCCAUUUCAAACAUAUUAGAGGACGCUACUUCAUCCGAUACGUUAAAUUCAUAUUCUGAUGAACCUGAAGAUGAAAGGACAAGUAAAAUUCUAUUAGAAUCCUCACAAGUAUUAAAUUCUACUAGAAGAAGCUCCCAUGAUUUUAAUCUGUUACCAACCAUAAAUCAAACAGACUACAGAAGAAGCAACACCAUGAUGACGCCAUCCCGUAAUGCUUUAAAAAACCAACUUGAUUUUAAAAAAACCAUAGAGAGACCUGCUGCUCUCGAUUAUACGAGUAUUGUCACAUCGCCUUCUGCAAUGUCGUCCACACAUGGUAAUUCAAAAAACAACAUAUCCACAGAUUCAAAUUGGAACCUAUCAAAUGACCAAUUGCAAAACAGUAGCUAUAGACCUGCAUCAUUUGACGAUGAAGAAAAUGAUACAAAUAAGGAAGAUCAACAAGAAAAUGAUGAUUAUGAUGAUGAAUAUGGGAAUCAAGAUACCUCUGGAUUUGAUAUUCCUAAGUUACGAGCUUCUCUGACGCCAUGGAGGCAAAAGUUACCUAAUACUGACUCAACCACGUUGAACCAAAUUACGAAUAAUAAUACCACUCCAACUAAUCGAAGGGAGGCUACUCGUACUAUUAACAAAGUAACUUCAAAUUCCAUUUCAAAAGGCCAAGAAAUUGAACACUUACAAAAGCAGUUAACUUCAUAUAAAGUUAAACAGAAAACUUUAUAUGAGAUAAUUAUAAAGCAAUUGAACCCAUUAAAUACAGAAUCGCCGAAUAAAAAUACCAAUGAAAUGUACAAUAAGUUAAUCUCAACCAUAUCUGAAAAUGACGAAGAAAUUGAAGAGUUUAAAAAGAUUAUUGAUUCCAAGGAAUCUAAAAUUAACGAAUUGACUCGAGAUUUACAAAAAACAAAAGAAGAACAUGCCCAAACAUUAGAAUAUGCAAAUGAAUAUUUAGAGCAUUCGGAACUCAUAUGUAAAACUAUCGAUGAAUUAUUGUCUCUUCUCAUUGAAAAUUUUGAUGUUCUACAUAUUUCUAAGGAAGAAAGGGAGGCUUUGAUUAAGUCUCAGCAAAUAAGUUCAACCUUCAUAAUGGUGAAAUUAAAUUCUUUGACCUCCACUUUAUCUAAUUUCCUUUCCAAUUCAACUUCAAAAAAUGAAAAUGGAAUGGCGAUAAACGUCAAUGGUGAAAGUACGGAAUUGAUAGACACAAAUUUUGAAAUUAAUAUCGAAUCACUACAUAAACAGUAUGAUGAGUUUCUUAAUGGGAUCAGAACAAAAUUGCUCACAUCUAAAGAGUUUGAAGAUACCUUAUUGACGAAAUUAUCUGAUCAGGAAAAGCUUCUCAAUAAAAUAUCAGAAAUGGAACAAUUUUCAACGACAAAAAAAGAUGAAUUAAAUGAAGAUCUUCUAAAGAGAAGUUCUGUUUUGUCUAACAUUACAGAGAUGAGCAAGAGAGCUAGUUUAAACUUGACUCAAUCCUACCAGGAGCAUAUCGACAGUUUAACGAAUACUGUAGAGACCUUAAAGUCAAUUGUAAAUGAUAGAGAUGUGGAAAUUGAAAAUCUACGUGAAAAAUUGGGUAAGAAUGAAAAUAAGCUAACCAGAGAACUUAAAAAUUUUGAAGAACUGUCAAAAUUAAAAGAAAAAAAUUGGGAGAAUCUAGUCAAUCAGUUGGAGUCUGAUCUCGAGGAAAUGGAAAAAUCGAAAAAUAAGUUGAGUGAGGUCGUUACUCGCUUAAACCAAAAUCUUCUUAGCCAAGAUAUUGAAAAUAACAAGAAGAUUAGAGCGUUACAGGAAAGCUUUAAUGAAACAGCGGAUAAGGUUAAUGUACUUAACAAUGAAAAACUUGAACAAAUUGAUGAUUUCAAUAAAAUAAUGAGUAAAAUAAGUAACAUGGAAGCUGAGAAUACUGGACUUCAAAAGAUUAUUGAACAAUUUGCCUCAAAUGAAAAAGCUUUAACAACGCAAAAUGAACUAGACUUUGGAAAGUUCAAGCAACAUUUAUUGUUACAUCUGAACAAAGUGUUUGAAAUAUUUCAAAAAAUUCUUCAGCAGAAGUCUAUUGAUCAGUCUAUGAAGAAGAUAAACUUCAUCAGUAAAACUGAAGGGUUACGUAAGAUAAAAAUAAUACAGCCUAAAUUAGAGUCUCUUUAUACAUUCAUUGAGACGGCUCUUGAGUCAAUACUGGAGGCAUACAUUACCGUAAUCACAAAUGAGAAAGAAAAUUACAAAAAACGUAUUCCUGAGAGUAAAAGUGAACUGGCUUAUUACCAACAAGAAAUGGAAUUACGAGUAGACGAAUUACAACGAAAAUGGAUUUCUGAAAGAGAGCGUCGUAAAUUGGAUGCAAAUGCUGCAGAGAGCCGUAUUCAUAAAUUAGAAAAAGAGAACGAAGUUUUAAGAGAGCAAUUAUAUAAUAUUUCGGUGCGGCAUUAG